CUCCAGCAAAGAAAUCAUGAAGGCAGCAGUAGUCCUGUGUGUGGUGGCGGCGGCGUGGGCGGCUCCCCAGGGCGGCUACAACUACCAGGCGCCCGUGGUUCAGCAGCCCGAGUACCCGUCGGUGCCCGCCCAGUACAACUUCCAGUGGGACGUCAACGACCAGAACUCCGGCAACUUCUACGGCCAACAGGAACAGCGCGACGGCGACAACACUCAGGGCAGUUACUACGUUCAACUGCCUGACUCUCGCCUCAUGAGGGUCGACUACUACUCCGACGCCAGCGGCUUCCACCCCACAGUCACCUUCGAGGGCGAGGGACAGUACCCAAGUGCCCCUGCCCAGGUGUACUCUCAACCCGCCCGUGCCCCUGCUCAGGUGUACUCCCAACCCGUCCCUGCUCCUGCCCCCUACUCAGCAAUAUUCCCAGCCUGCCCCAGCCCCUGCCCAGGUGUACUCUCAGCCUGCUCUGCCCUGCCGCUGCUCCUGCCCCCACAGUUCUAUUCUCAACCUGGAAAAUAA